AUGCGUUCACUGAUUUUCCUCGCGUUGGUCGCGGUGGCCCAUUGCCAAGAGUACUUCCGGCAACCGGAAAAACUCGUCAGCGAAAACCGGAAUUUGGGCGACAAUCGUGGCCACUAUUCGUUCACUUACGAGACUGAGGGUGGUAUAGUGCAAUCGGAGACCGGAAGUCGAAAGUAUGCGGGCACGCCGUCUGAAACCCAGUUGAUCCAAGGUUCGGUACAGUACAACGCGCCAGAUGGUACACCGAUAGCUAUUAGCUGGACUGCCGAUGAAUUCGGCACUCAAGUAGCAGGUACUCACGUGCCAACACCGCCGCCAAUACCGCCAGCCAUUCAAAGAGCCUUAGACUGGAUCGCAAAACAACCCUCGACUCCGGAACCCGAGGAAACUGCCAAAGACUCGCCAAGCCAACAGAACGCCGUUCCAGCCAGCACUAAUCGGCAAUACAAACCGCUACGGGCUAAUCAACGAAACUGA